AUUUACGCAUCUGCUGUUGCCUUGUCGGACCUUGACCAAUCAACAAAAGUCUUCGUAUUCGGCAUACUGCGUUUCUUGCUCACUGUUUAUUAGAUCAGUAUGAGCCAAACUAGUAACAGUCAAGCCAAGCCCGCCCGACAGCGUAAAUCAUCAUUGCCACCCAGCCUGCCUGACGAUGUUACCGACAUUCCCAUGUGGGAUCUUUUGGAACUGGAACCCCCUCCUAGUGACGAAGAAUUGGAGAGGAACUACUCUGCUGCUCUGAAAGAGUUAUGGCACGAAGAAUUCAAUGGGGAGUUUAGCUACAAUUUUCGACUCUUCUUCAAUCUCGAGAGAUGUGUCAGAACUCGGCCGCUCCACCCUCCUAGCCUCACAUUUCAUGUUUUUGUUGGAUUUGUACAAGAACGGCCACUGUCUCGCGUUCUGUCAGCAACGAUGAGGACUCCUUAUUCAAAAACAAAAGUGAAGGCAGCAGUCGACAGGUGGAUACCGAAAUUGGAAACGGCGGAGGAGCAGGAGGAGGAGGAUGGGGAUUGGGUGGCAUCCAGCAAGUCGUCUGGAACAGACCACGUAAAGUCAUCCAGUAAGGUUACGUCUACGUCAUCCUCUCAAGGGGGCAUUCGACGCCCGGAUUAUGUGCUUGAAGUUACAUGCCGGCACGUUGGUGGCAGAAAAUCCACAUCUAUCCCCCUCUCCAUCGAAAUUAAAGCUUUCCCUUUGAAUGAUUUUGGCCAUCCACAAUCCCAAUCAGAGGCCGAUAAAGCUUUCGUGAAGGGUCUGAGUCAGACGGCAAUGUAUGCGCUGGCGGGAUGGGAGAUGUACCGAUAUCGUCGCAGUCUUUUCAUUUGUGGACCGGCUUUUUGUAGGGUCUUUGUGCUCGACGACAACGUUCUUGCUGUUGAAGUGUCGUCACCUCCAACCUCUUUGUCGCCCCUCAAUGUGCCUUCCUUCUUUUCCUCAUACAGUUACGGCUCAAUGCCGCAUAAUCUUAUAUCCCCUCUCGCCAAUGAAGAGUCGGUUUCGCCGACUCUAUUCAAACAUAACCCUGAUUACACUAUCAACCCCCUCUCGUGUCGUCUUUUGGAAUCAUUCAUCCGAGGCACUUUGGAAAGAACCCUUCGCCAAACCGUUGGCGAGGCUCUAGGCUGCCAGGCAGAGGAGAUGGACACUGACUACCUGUCAGCUUCCCAUUCAGGUAUAGCUUUUGCAACAUUGACUCCUUUGUCGAAUAGACAGAAUUUGGUUGCCCAUGCUCGUGAUAACGCCACUAUCAGCAAAGCCGCCAAUUCUGGUGCAGGCCGUAAGAAAAAAGCUAGCUCUAAGAAGGGUUCCUAUUUAAAGACGCGUGGGAAUAGAAGAGAUCCGGGUGGCGAGAGCGGUGGUGACAGAGGAGCAAGUGGGGGCGAUGGGGAUGGUAGGGGUGAUACGGGUGGUGGAAAUGGUGAGCGUGGUGGAGAUGGCGGAGCACACUUUUCAGGAUCGGGAUUUGCCCGCGAUGAGGGAGGUGAAGACACCGACGCCAAAAGGACUCAUAACCUGUCAGGCUCUCAUGAUAAGCAUCUGCCUAUUGAGGCUCUUGAUAGUUCACCAGAGGCAGAGAGCGUUGUAUGGAAGGAAAGCGGCUGUUUGGCUAAACCAAACGGACGCAAUCGAUUUAACGAUUGGCUGGAAGCCCUUUCGCAGGCCGAGAAAGCUACUGAUAUUUCCAGCAAUGGCGUAUCACCUGCCACCGACACCAUCGAAGAUGUAGCUGACCUUGCCAUGGACUCAAACGAGUACCAACAGUUACGUAUAACUACCCUCCUGGCCGAUUUGGACGUACGCUUUGUGUCGGUCAGCAGCGCCCAAAUGGAUGAACUAUUUUCUGCUGAUUCUUCAGUAUAUUCAUUCGCAUCCUACAUCACUGGCUAAUCCAAUGAAAAGGCUGCUAUAACCUUCCCACGGGACAAGGGAGUCAAUCAUAAAGUCAAUUGCUCCACAUCUUUCGUCUCAUCUUCUUCAUCCGGCACGCAUUCGCUGAUGACACCUGUAUCAUCUCGUACCCAAUUGCGAUUGGCCCAACCUUCUGCUGUUGCUCACUCUUCUGCUUCUUUUAAUUUGGGCCAUUUUAAGGAAAAUGACGACGAAAUUUCCCAUGUCUUUUUGGACCAAACAUAUGCCGGCUAAAUUUCUGUAAAUCAUUCACAUCCAUAUGGAUCGACUCGUGGCCCAAUUCCGAACUCCUAUAACUAUAACCAUUUGACCAUCAUAUGAUGGAGUAACAUUGAUUGGAGCACACAGCCACGUUAAUGAUACAAGCUUUAAUUAACUUAGCCAUCCUAUAAGUACGGUGACCCAUACCGAGAAACAUUUUUUAACUAUUCAAUUGUACGGGCUUGUAGCCAAUUGCGACCCAAUUAUAACUGUGGGCUUUUUAUGUCGUGAUACGAUUACAGAGACAAACAUUGUACCUAUAUGGUCAUGAAAACGACAG